GAGUUGGUGACACUUAAAUAGGACAGGCGAAACAGAGGCACACCUGUUGAGUUUCUGAGGUCUACCAUAAAGUAUCCAGCCUUUUUGGCGGUUCUGUGACCCAUACGGGACAACCUCUUUACCAAGUGCAGCUUGGUGACACAAUUGUUGACAGGCAAUUUCACAGCGGUGAAAACAGAGGACAGAAUAUUUCACAGCGUUUUGUUCACUUUAUACACCUACAAACAUGUUGAGGACAUUCUGUUGUUGCUGUAAUCUGCGGCAAGGGAGUAUAUUUAGUGGAGUGUGGUCAACUCUCUGGGCCCUAGUUCUGCUGACCGUGUAUAUAUAUUAUGCAGCGAUAGUGAAUGCGGCCAAGACCACAGUGGUGGUAGUGACCGGGGUCAACCUGACCACCUAUACUACGUCUACACUGGACUGGUUGGUUAUCUCGGAGGCCAACAUAUAUACCAUUAUUGUAGCCGCCGCACUGUGGUUGAUAGCCUGUAUAGUGCUCUUCGUUGGAAUUGGAGUGAGAAACCGCUGGUGUUUUAUUCCUUGGCUGAUAAUGAUGGCGUUGCUGUCCUUGUACUAUCUUGUUAUCAUCAUUCUUCUGCUGGUCUUCACUGUGACCUAUCUGUAUUGGUGGGUUGUUUACUGGUUGGUGGUUGUCCUUGCUCUGGGCUUGAUGGCUCUUGAUAUCUACAGCAUAGUGUGUGUUGGAUUCUACUUCACCCAGCUUGCAAGAAGAGAAGCGAAAAAGAAGAAGCUGCCCAUCCACCUCUCCGACCUGAUCGACUCCCGGAACUCCCCUGUCUACAUCUACCCCCAGAGCUCCCACCCGGGUGGACACUCUCUCAGGGGACCCGUGUACGUCUACACCGACUUCCCCAGGGGUGGCACACUACCCAUACGCAACGGGGGCUACCCGCCGUACCGAAACUUCUCCAAGAGCCGAGACUACGAUGGCAGACGGUAUUGAGUGGAAGCAGACGAUAAUUGACUUGAAUAUGGACUAAUGUUAACAUUUGGUUAAAGUCUGAAACGCAUCAGAAUAUACGGAGGGAGCGCAGACGAUAAUUGGUUGGAAUUUGAACUAAAUUAGUCGAUUAAAAAAAUUCGGCCUGCGGAUAACACAACAGGAGAUAAUGAAAUGUUUGGGGAAUGGAAUACGGCGAAGAGGAAAUGUAAAUUUAUUCCUUCACAAAAUAUUGAAAAAAUUAAAGCAGGCGAUAGAAAAAUGUAGUUGGACCUAAGGACAAAUUUGAAUUUAUGAAAAAAA